CAGUAUUGUCAACUGUGUUAGAGAGAGAGAAAGAGUUGUUUUCCUAACUUCAUUUUUAAUGUGGUUUGUGGUUUUCAAAUUAAUCUGUGUCGAUGUAGGUUGUGUACUUUAGAAUCCGACAACAACGUUACACAUCUGUGUAUUUCUGUGACUGAACAUUAAUUGGAAGAAAUAAAUCUACAGUGACAUACAAGCAUGGCUUCCGACGCAUCCUCAGAUGUUAUAAAAAAAUAUACAUUCGCUCUACUCGGAAAAACCGGAAAUGGCAAAAGCUCAACCGGCAACACAAUUUUAGGAUACGACGCCUUUUUUAAAUCUGGCAAUGCGCACGCAUGCACCCAGCUGACUGUCUGCAGGUACAGACGACGCAGUGAUGCAGAAAUUAAAGUGGUGGACACCCCGGGGUUGAUGGAUACGAACGACACGCAAGAGGUCCAGAACAUCGCGGAAAACCUCCCGAUGAUAAUGAGCGUUUGCCCUGAGGGAUUUGAUGCCAUGUUGAUUGUUCUGAAAUACGGCAAUCGCUUUACUAGUGAAGAAAAAAAGGCUAUAGACUUAUUAAAAACGGUGUACGGGCCAAAUUUUAUUAGAGAAAAUUGUAUUGUUAUAAUAACAAACGGAGAUACAUUCGAAGAAGAGAAUUCCAUUUCCUUUAAACAAUGGUGCAGAGAACAGAAGGACCCUAUCAAACCUUUAUUUGAUGAAUGUAAUUUCAGGGUUAUCCUGUUCUACAACAGAAAAGACGAGAAGUAUAGCGCAAAGCGUCAAGCAGCGGUAGAAGAACUUCUAAAUUUAGCAUCGCAGCUCACUAGAAGGGGACGCUACACUAGCGAUCGCUUUCAAGCUUGUUAUCUUGAACGAGAAAGAUUGAUUCUAAAAUACCAGCUUCCUACUCUAAGUGCCGAAAUCCAACGAAAAAUCUCACUACUGAUGUAUGACAUACAAUGUGGUAUUGACGACAACAGAAUAUUUACUCAAGAAUUCAUGCUAAAGCUGGAACUCCAGGCUACUGGGCUGUACAAGGAAAUCAAGGAAAAAGCUAAAGGAACAAAUCUCUUGAAAGAUUUGGAAAAACAAUGUGAAAAGCUCUGUAACGACAUACUCAAGAUGGACUUCACAGUCAACUAUCUUUCAAACAUAUACUCUCAGCUCAUCGAACUACAAAAUCCUGUUGUCACUUCACUGGUCGUAAAUACCAUCAAAUUGAGUUGUAGAAAUAUAUUUUUGAAACAAAAAGACUCAUGGUGCCAUAUUCUUUGAUUACCAAUUAUUAUUAAUCAACAACUCCUUCAAAAAAUGACUAAAACCUAAAACUAGAAACUAAAACUAAAGAAAAUUACUUUAAAAAAAAAAACAAGGACUCACAUAAAACAAAACAAAUUGUAGUGUUGUGGAUAUGUUUCUCCAUCAUUCAAGACUGCUAAAAUGUAUGUAGUUUCAAAAGCAGACUGACUCAUAGUUAGUGGUGGCUGGCUGUGAGAGAUUCUCGGUAAAUUUUAAAAGGGGCCCCAACCCCAGAAAAAAAAUAUAAUUGUGCAUUUUUUUUCUCUAUAAAAGCCUGAAUUCUACGCCGUGGCAUGAAGAAAAUGUAAUUUACAACCAAUUUUAAAAAACCAAUCAUUUCUUAUAGGACUAUUACAGCACCGUUCAUGGUGGCCCAUCGACAUUUUUUCCUGGGGGCCCAACUGAAUUUUUCCAGGUAAACCGGUGAGCCAGUCCACCCCUGCACACAGUAGCCCCUAUUUUCUUUGUCCGUGCACACUGAAAAUAUAGUGAUAGGCUUAUUCGUGUUUUCUGAUUAAGACAACUGACCUACUUAGGAUCCAGUGAUGUGUUACUGGCUACUGCACAGUGAACAGGUUGAUAAAACCCAAACGGCAUGCGAGCUUGCUUGAAGCGUACGAUUGUGUAUCACACGACCGUAUAUCACACUACAGUAUAUCACACGUCUGUGCAUCAUACUGCUGUAUAUCACGCUACAUUGUGUUACACUACAUUAGUGUAUAUCACACCAAACUUCUCGGUACUGUAAUAGAACUAAACAGUUUCUCAUAUCUCAAGAAUGUUGUAUCACUUCGUUUUGUUGUGACGAGUUAUCGCAUUAAAGUACAUAACAUACCAACACAUCACCCAUUUAAAGAAUAAAAGAAUGAACAAACUACAAAUUAAUUUGAUAUUUGUAGGCAAUGGAAUGCUCAUAUAAGAACAGUAUUGUUCGAUUGUCAUAAUAAGGGGGUGUGAUUGAAAAAAAGAUUAAAUUACAUCAAUAGACAGUAUGUUUGAUUAUUAAGUGAACUGUUUGACUUUUCUUCCUAUAAUGUCAAUCUUGUAAUCUAAUUUUUUUUUUUUACAAAUUGUUAUUUUCACUUUUUAAAUAAAUGCAUAACCCCAAUACUAGUUGUAAAAAAUUACAGUAUAGUGAAUUGAUGUUUUUACAUUAUUCAAUCUUUCAAAGUUGUUCUUAUCGUGUAAUUAUUAGCU